AUGCAUUCAGAUGCACCGAAAAGUGAAACAACGACAACAAAAUCUGAUUGCAAAGAUGAUAUAAAUUGUACUCGACUUGAUUGCCAUUUUAAUCAUCCGAAUGGUAGAUCAAUUGACCACAAAAUGGCCUUUUCCUCUGAAAAUACUGAAGGAAACACUGCAUCAGCACCACACUUAGAAUGCCAUAACCACCAAUAUCAGCCUUCGUUGGCAUCCCGUACUUCUUCAUAUAAUAGUAGUAAAUCUCCAUCAAGAACACCAAAUAAAAGAAAGCAAGAUGCUCAUGUUCAUACUAAUGUUAUAGAGUUAGACUGCGCGUUUGAUCAUCCGAAUGAUGAAGAUAUCAAUCGGGUUUCUUCCACUGAUGACACUAAGACAACGAGCAGUUCGACUGUUGCAAAAGAUCAGCCACUAUCAGACAGUGAAUUUAUUGAAACGACUGACAAAUUUUUAUCAACAGCCGAAGAAAAUUUGCAAGAAUUCGAUCUUAACGAUGACAAAUACAAUAAUAAUGAUGAUGAACAAGUACUUGACACAAAACUAGAACGCGAAUUAAAACACCGACAACCAUAUCUUCCUAUAUACACAAGACGCUCGGAUCUUAUUGAAAAAUUGAAAAUAAAUCAAGUUUUAAUUUUAAAAGCUGAUGCUAGUUCAGGAAAGAGUACACAAGUAGUUCAAUAUCUAUGCGAUGCAAAUUUUGCUGAUGAAAAACAAAUUAUAUGUACACAACCAUAUAAAUUAGCAGCGCGUUCUCUAGCAGCGCAAGUAGCCGAAGAAUAUGGAUGUAAGAUCGGUGAAGAGGUUUGUUUUCAAGUAACCAGAGGUGAACCUACGACUUCAAGUCGAGCUAAAAUAAAAUUCGUUACUGAUACAGUCUUUCUCAAUGAAUAUCAAAACAGUCCAAUCUUAGAACAGUGUUCAGUUGUCAUCGUUGACGAAGCACAAGAACGAACCAUUGAUACUGAUAUUGUACUUGGUUUAAUGAAAGAAUGUCUAAGAAAAAGAAAAGAUUUGAAGCUUAUCGUUAUGUUCGCUACACUAGACACACGUCUUUUUUAUGACUAUUUUGCAAGUAAUUUUACAUGUGAGAUAUUAGAAGUUGAUGGUACAACCUAUCCAAUCGAAGAUAUUUAUCUGAAUGUUGAUGAUGAAAAUUAUGUUCAAGCUGCAGUUACAAAAGCUAUUGAAAUACAUCAAAAUGAGGAAGUUGGUGAUAUCUUGGUAUUUUUAACCGAUCAAGAUGAAAUUGAUUUAGCUCUAGAUGCUUUAAAUAAGAAAUUGAAAAAUGAUAGUUCAUUCAUAAGUUUACCAUUGCAUGAAGAAUUAUCUGAAGAAGAAACUGCACAGUUAUUUGAAAAGUUACCAGAUAAACGUAAGAUUAUUUUCAGUACAGACAUAGCAGAAAGUUCAAUUACUAUUGAUGGGAUCAAAUACGUUAUCGACAGCGGAAUGAUAAAAGAAAAACUAUGGGAUGGACAAAGAAAAAUACAAGUAUUAAAUAUUGGACAAAUUACAAAAAAUUCGGUUCAAAGACGACGUGGAACAGCUGGAAUAAUAUCAAGUGGAAAAGUGAGAAAAAUAAUAUUUAAAUGUUAGAAAUUACCCAGAGCGAGCAAUACAGCGAACAGAAACAGCCCUAUACGACGGUAUACGGCGGUAUACGGCGUCGUAAACGGCCGUAAACAGUCGUAUCCGGUCGUCGUAAUGCUCCAGCUGGGUUAUCGAGGGUGCUCUAUCACUUGAUGGCUAUAUCGGUGGGUCCACUUCAAGUCCUUCGCUCAGAACUAGGGUAUUAGGGGUCCCAAAAAAACUUGAAAAGGACCAUUCCCUCUUAUUAUAAGGACAACAUAUUGACAUGUUCGGGCCAAUCACAGGGUUAUCGAGGGUGCUCUAUCGAUUGAUGGGUAUAUGUGUGGGUCCAUUUUAAGUCCUUCACUCAGAACUAGAGUGUUAGGGGUGCCAAAAAGCUUGAAAGGAACCUUUCCCUCUUAUUAUAAGGACAACAUAUUGCCGUGUUCGGGCCGAUCAUAGGGUUAUCGAGAGUGCUCUAUCUAUUGAUGGAUAUAUGUGUGGGUUUCUUCCAGUUCCCUCAUCGAGAUUGACAAAUCAGGGUGUCGUGGACCAGUUGAAACUGACUAAUCCGGUUUAAGAGACACUUUUUUCGCUUAUUGUGGACAUAGGUGAUAGCGAUGGUCGGGCGUAUCCUAGGGUUUUUGGAAGCGGUGUAUCGAUCGAUUGCCGUAUGUGUGAGUGCUGGCGUAACUCUCUAUGGAUAGAUCGUUUCUGAUGAAAUAUAAUAACAAAUAGUGAUUCUAUAUCGAACGAAUUGCAAUAAACAAAGACGGUGCGUCGCGAUAUUAUGCGAUGAACGUAUACAGUCGUCAUAUUGUUACAGAAGUCGUACACGGUGACUGUUUAUGGCAAUUGUUUACAUCGGCCGUAAAUCAUCAUAAAAUGUCGUCUACAAUCGCCGUAAGCGACUAGCGUAUACUGCUCCCCUACACUCUGUUUUACGACAUUUAAUAAUACCAGCGUGUACAGUCGCCGUUUUGCCACGUUAGUCGUUUCCGAUGAUAUUUGACGGUCAAUGUUUACAAUCGCCGUCGUAUGCCGUAAAGCAUCAUAUACGACUGUUAUAAAUAAUCACCGGAAACGGCUGACGUAUACGAUGCCUUACGUUAUUUUUCGACCAGAGUAUACGGUCACCGUAUUGUUAAGUUAGUAGUUUACGAUGAACUUUUACGGGCACUGUGUACGAUUGCGGUAAUAUGCUGUAAAUCGUCGUUUACUGAUGGCGUAUGUGACUAACGUAAACAGUUGCCGUUGUUCGCCGUAUUUGGUUAGUGAACGGCCGUU